AUGAAAACUUCAAAUUUAAGUAAUAGUCAUCUUGGUAGUAAUGAUUCAUUUGUAAAUUAUGCAUCAAUAGUAUGGGUGGAGAAGGAAAAAUUAGAUUCUCUAAUUCAUAUUCCAUUGUAUUCAAAUAUAUCAAGAUAUAUUCAAGAUUUAAACAAAAAUCCCAAAAUACAAGAAAAAGAGAGUAUUAUAUCGAAGAUUUUUUUAUUAUUUGAUGAUAAUAGCUGUAACAUUGCAAUUGAUAUCUCAUCAUUAUGCGAAAUAGUAAAUAAUAAAAUACCUCUUCUAAUUUAUGAACGAUAUUAUUUUUGGAGUUUGCAUUUUUUAUUUGAAAAAUCAAAGAUAAAAAGGCAAAAAGUAAAUUUACAUUCGGAUUUUAAUAUAAAUGAAUCCAUUAAAAAAUGUAACAUUUUUGAUGAUGUCUAUAUGUAUACUUCUAUUUAUAAUUCAGCUUAUAAUAAAAAUGAGGAAGAAAAUAACAUUAAUUAUAAAAAUUGUGAAUUAAUAAAAAAUAAUAAUAAAAAUUUAAAUAAAGAAUUAACUAUUUAUAACAAUGAUUAUAUAAAAUAUCUAUAUUUAAAUGAUUUAAAAAAUAAAAAAAAUACCUUUUCAGAAAUGAAUAUAUACACAAAUAAUGAAAUAAAAUGGUAUCGCUUAAAAAUUAAAAUAGAUAAUGUGGAAAAAAAAAUUAAAAAAAAGAAAAAAAGCUAUUUUACAUGUGAUACAAACAGUUAUAAUACCAAUCAUUUUAAAGAAACUUCUUUUAAUUAUUAUAAUAAAAAUGUAUAUAACCAUUUAAAUGAAUUUUCUUUAAUUAAAGGAACAACAACAAAUGAAAAUUUAGAUAAUUUACUAAAAAUUAAAAAAAAUUAUAAUUUUAAUAUUUGUAACGAAGAUAAUAAUAAAGAGGGAAAUAAAAUUUAUAAUAAUAAUAAUAAUUAUAAUAAUAACAAUAAUAAUAAAAAAAAAAAAAAAAAUUGGUACUAUUAUGAGAGUUGUAGUAGCUGUAGUAGUAAUAGUAAUAAAAUAUAUGUAAAGGAAGAAGUUUCAAAUGAAAAUUCUAAUAAUAUAUGUUUUUCAAAUGAAAAUUCUAAUAAUUUAUGUUCUUCAAAUGAAAAAGAAAAUAAUAGAAAUAAUAAAAGAAAAAGUGAAAAUAAUGGUAAUGAUUUAAAUAUGAAAAAUAAUAAGCAAUGUAAAAUGAAGAAUAGUUUAAGUAUAUCUUACAAUAUUUCUAAAAAAAAUUAUCCAUUUAAAAAUAGAACAACAAUGAAUAAUAUGUAUGAAACUACUCAUCUAAUAAGUGGAGAAGUAGAAGAAGAAUAUGCAUCUGGUAAAAAUAUUAAUAGUAUGAAGUCAUUUAAUUGUGCAUUAUUAAAAGAUAAAUUAUCUAACUUUGAAAAAAAUGAAAAGUUGGAUAUUAACAAUGAAAUAAUGAAAAACAAAGAUAUAAAUAAUAAGGAAGAAAAAAUAAAGAAGAAUAAUGAAAUAAUAGAAGAUAAAACAGAAAAUAUUAUAGAAGUAAAAAAUGUACAUGAAAAUAAUUACGAUGAUGCAGAAAUUUUAAUUGAAUCUUCAUAUUUAAAUAAAUUAAACAAUGAAAAUUAUAUAACAUUUUUUAAAAAUCUGUUUUCAAAAAAAGAUAAUCAUGAAAACAAUAUGAGAAAUAUUAUAAGAUAUAAUCAAAAUGAAUCAUUAGAUAAAUAUGUAAAUAAAAUUUUAAAAAAUAUUAUUAAUAAAAAAAGAUCACAUUUAAAUUCCAUAUCUAAAAGUUUUGAAAGAAUUGAAGCUUUUUAUAAACAGAAUUAUAAAAUAUUUAUAAUUAAUAAUAAAGAUAUUUUGAAUAAUAAAAAAUGUUUUAAAAAUAAUAGUAAUUUCUAUAUUUUGUCUGAUGAAAAAAGUAAAAGUAACAUUAAUAAUUAUGACAUAUUUGAAUUUUUUAAAAAAUAUAUGCAAAAAGAAAAAGAUGAUUCGGAAGAUUAUCUAUUAGAUAUCAAAAAUAUUACAAUAAAAAAGAAAAUAAAUAAAGAGGAUGAACAUAUAAAAAUGAAUAAAAAUUUUUUAGAAAAUGAAAUUUUUCUUGAAAAUGAGAAAAAUCAAAAUAAAGAAAAAGUGAAUCAAGAAGAUGACAAAAAAAAAGAAUUAAAAGAACAAAAUCAAAAUUCUAGUAAAGAAAAUUUUGAUAGUAAAAUAUUAUUUAAACAAGAAAAUGAAAAAAAUAUAAAUAAGGAAAACUCUAUAUGUAGUGAAGAAAAUAAUUUUGUAAAAGAAUUUUUUAACAUAAAACAUUUAAGCAAAAGUGAAAAUAAAAAAAUAGAACAAGAAGAUGAAGAAAAAGAAAAAGAAAAAGAUGAAGAAGAAGAAGAAGAAAGGGAAGAAAGAGAAGAAGUAAUUUUUUAUGCGAUUAAUAAAAUAGAUAAAAGUUGUAAAAAAGAACUUAAAGAGGGUGAUUAUAUAUAUAUAAAAUUUAAUGAAUCUUAUGAUGAUUAUGAUAAAAUAAGAAUUUUAAAUAAAAAAACAGUUUUAUGUAUUUUAAUUUACUUAAUGAAAAAUAAAGAAAUUUUAAAAUUAUCUAAUAUAUCUACUUAUUCUCCAGAAUUAUUAUGGAAUAUAUCAUUACAUUUUAAAAAAAAUAUUUUGAAUUUAGAAUAUUAUUUAGAAAAAAUGUUUAAGUACUUUUUAAAUGAUAAUGAGGAAGAAUUAAGUGAUAUUUGUUCUUUUAGUGAAAAAAAAUCGUCAAAACAAAAUUCUAAAAAAGAAUACCAAAAAGAAAUGGAAAUAAUGAAGUUAAAAGAUAAUGUGGCCUUUUUAGACAAAUUUCUUCAAAGUGUUAAUGAUAUAAAAUUAAAAAAAUUAAAAAUAGCACAAAGAGAAUAUCAUGAAAAAUAUGAAUAUGAUAGAACCCUUAAUAAUUUAAAUAAACAACAACUUAUAGAAUUAUUUAUAGAUAAAGAAAGCGAAAUUAAUAUAAUUCCAUUAUAUUUAUUAAAAGAAAAAAGUAGAAAUAUAAUUUAUGAGGAAAAUAUAAAAAUGAAUAUGUUUGCAUGUAUAAAAGUAAUUUUUGAUAAUGUAAAAGGAAGAUGCAUAUAUGCAGCCAGUGAUCUAAAAAAGUUUGACUUUAUUUUUGAAUAUGUUGGUGAGUUAUUAACUCAUAAUGAAGCAAUGAGAAGAGAAAAAAUUUAUAUUAGAAAUAAAAAGAAGGGUUGUUAUAUGUUUUAUUUUAAACAUGAUAAUAAAAGGUAUUGUAUUGAUGGAACAGAAGAAAAUAUAGAUGCAGCAAUUAAUAAUAAAGAUAAGAAAUAUUUUUUAAGAUCUUUUGCUAGAUUAGUAAAUCAUUCAAAAAAAAAUUCUAACCUUAUUCCAAAAGUAUUAAAAGUAUCAAAUAUUCUUAGACUUUUUUUUGUAGCUUCUAGAAAUAUAAAAGAAGGAGAAGAAUUACUAAUAGAUUAUGGUGAAAGGGAUAAAGAAGUAAUAAAAAAUAAUGCUUGGUUAAAAUGUUAA